AUGGAUAUUUUCAACAGUCGCUUUUACAGAACUAAUUGCUUUUUUUUAAAAUUAUUGGGGUUAUGGCCUCUCGGGGAUGUUUCGAACAAUCGAAUCAAGAGAGUAACAGUUGUAUCUUUAGUAGUAUCAUUAAUUAUACCAAUGGUCAUAAAGCUGGUUCAAGAGUGGGGUAAUGAUAUAGACAUCGUCAUCGAAGUUAUUGGCUCUCUCAUCUACUUAUCAGGUUCACAAUUAAAAUAUAUCAGUUGUGCGAGCGUCCAGUCCCAGAUAAAAUUCCUAUAUACAGAAAUUGAAAGGCAUUGGAAUACUUUGACAAACGAGGAAGAAAAGAAAAUUUUGAAACAAUAUGCACGAGAUGGUUAUAAUUUGUCAUUUGGAUAUUUAAUGUUGCUAAACGUAAUAUUAGUUGGGUAUCUCCUCGUGCCAUUUACACCGAUGUUGCUGGAUCUUAUUGACCCAUUGAACGAAACAAGGCCAAAGGCGUUUCCGUAUUUUGCCGAAUAUUUCAUUGAUAACCAAAAAUAUUAUUUCGAACUUACCGUCCACGGAUGGAUCAUCUGUAUUCUAUCGGUGCAAAUAUACGGUACCUUUGAUGCGACAUAUACACAAUUGGUUCAACACUCAUGUGCGCUUUUUGCCAUUGUAGAAUAUCGUCUUGGUCAAGCAACAAAGAUGGUUGCGAGUGACGAAGACUCAAGCCACAAGGAUACAGACAAGGUCGCAUACAAUAUGAUGGUUGGUGCCAUUAACUACCAUAAGCAAGCCAUUCAGUUUGUUGGUCUCAUCGAAAAAUGCUAUUCAUUGUUAUCCUUUCUUAUAAUUAUACUGAACACAGCCGUUGUCAGCUUAGCUGCAGUUGUUACUAUGCUGCACAUAGAAAAAGGAAAUCAGAAGCAAGCGAUAAGAAUCGGCAUGCUUUAUGUUGCGUUUUCAUUCCAUCUACUCUACAAUUCGUAUCCGGGCCAAAAAGUAAUAGACAGCAGCACUCGGAUUCAGGAAGCCGCUUUCCAUUGUGAAUGGUUUAAUACUUCUUCAAAAACUAAACAGCUGAUAAAGAUCAUAAUGCUACGUAGCAUGGUGCCAUGCACGUUGACAGCUAAGACAUUGGUUGUGUUAGACCUGGAGAGUUUUGCAUUUGUGUUCAAAAAAUCUAUAUCGUACAUUACGGUGAUCGGUUCGAUGCGAUAA